AACAAUCAACUUCAAACAUUAUAAAAUUUUAAUCAAUUGGUGGGUGAAUAUGAAAAAAUUAAAAAUACCAUUGGAUGGAUGAUGGUAAAAAAAAUAAGUGAUAAAGAUAUAGAGAGGAUAUGUUAUUCUAGACAAGAUUAAAUGAAAAAGAGUGAAAUCAAUAUUAAUAAAAAGAAAAAUGAGUAAAUUGAAUGGAUACAUAAUGAAAAAUUGUGUUAAUUUAUUAGGAUAGAUAAAUUACAUGUUAAUAUCUAGUAAACAAUUGACUUUUUAAAAAUUGUUUGGUUAUACAUAUACACAUAUACUCAGUUUUAUGAAUUUAAACCGUUUAAUUCAAAUAUGUAAAAGUUACUAUAAAGGGAAAAUUUAAAGGGAUAGAGUAUCAAUUAAGGGAACUUAUCAUUAGAAGGAUCAUUGCCUAUAUCGAGUGGACAUUAAAUAUAUGUAGAUGUUAUUUGUUUUAAGUUGGAAUCUACUACUCCGUUUUAUUCAUGUUAGAUCAAAAAGAAAUAUAGCGUUAUUUAAGAAAAAAAAUAAAUAUUAGUAAUAAAGGAAAAGAGAAAAUAAAUUGUGUAUUUGAAAUUAGAAGAGAGUUAAAAUAUAUGAAUAAGAUAAAAAGAAAGUUGUGAAUAUUAAAAAAAUAAAAAAAAUGCAAAAUAAGUGAAACAGAUUAUUAUAACAAAGAAUGCGAAAUGAGCAGGACGGAGCAAUUUGGCUUUGAAAUAGUAAUUCACGUGCAAUAUUAAGAAUCUAAUGAUUAUUAUGCUCAAGUAAUUUUAAGUUUUGAUGUAACAUCCUCUGUAUAGAAAAGAGUGACUUAGUAUAAAUCAAGAACUAUUCAACAUUGUCGCUUUUCUUAACAUCAAUUCCUCUACCAAAUUGAUUUUUGGUUAUAGUAUACUAAAAGUUUUAGUUACUUUUUGAUCUUUUAUUUGCCAAACAUCAAAAGUAUCUUAAUUGAUGGUUGUAGCUUGGAGAAACUUUUUAUAUAUUCUAUAACGUUGCUCUCUUCAUGUAUAGUGUUAUAUAAUUAAAAAAAAUUAAAGUUAAUUUUAUGGGACGGAAGGAGUAUAAACUAAAACUAAUUAAUGGGUUCGUAAAAAAGUAUGUUAAUGUAGGCCUUUUUAGAUCUACUUAUACCAAUUGCCCAAAAUCCACAUGAUGAUGGGGACUUAGAUGAGCUGUUUCUACACCUGCCAAUGAUAGAUCUCUAAGUAGAAACCCUUUUUAAGUAACUUCGGAUUAUUUAAUUAAAAUCUCUAUUAAUAUAGAUUAUUAGUAAAAAUUAAGUAUUUAGACCAUUCUAUAUCAGUAUUUUAAAUUAAUGUAAGUUACUAUAUAAGACAAAGUGGCGAACAAAUCAACUGGAGAUAUUUAUUCGAGUUAUCGAAUUAAUUUUAGGUCAGAUAUUUAAAUUGGUCAAAAAAACAGAUCAAAUUUCUAUUUUGAACACGUCUUACACUUAACCGAGACAAGAAAGAGGCUUUCAAAAUCAUUUUAAUAUACUCCUAUUUCUAAAACAGACAUUAAUACUGACAAAUUCCUACAUAUGCAAUGGCUUCGUCCUCAACCCUCCUAUUCAUCUCUUUUCUGACUUUCCUUUAUCUUUCCUCCAUAACCGCCGGCGAUGACAGACUAUCACCCUAUGAAGCUUUACAGAGCUUCAAUUUCCCAAUUGGGAUUCUUCCAAAAGGAGCUUUAGGAUAUGAAUUAGAUGAAAAAACAGGAUACUUUAAGGCUUUUCUUAAUGGAAGUUGCAGUUUUUCAUUAGAAGGUUCUUAUCAACUCAAAUAUAAGUCAACUAUUAAUGGUAAUAUCUCCAAGAAUAAGCUGACUAAUCUAAGUGGUGUAAGUGUUAAGGUUUUCCUUUUAUGGUUAAACAUUGUUGAAGUUAAAAGAAGGGGUGAUGAACUUCAGUUUUCUGUUGGAAUUGCUUAUGCUAAUUUUGAUGUUCAUGAUUUUUAUGAGUGCCCACAAUGUGGUUGUGGGUUGAGAUGUGAUGAGAAAGUCAACGGUGGAGAGAUGAAAAAAGUUCAAUAAGGUCAAAUUAAAUUAAGCUUUUGUUUUGUGAUUUGAGAAAAUUUGAUGGGUUUUGAGUUUUGAUUUGUGGCUUUGUUUUUGAUGUUUUUGUAAAGAAAUGAUAUGUUGGUAAAUAAUAAGUUAUUCUAUUUUGUAAAAUUUUGAUCUUGUAAUCAAUGUUUGGUUUACUACUUUACUUUGUUUGAAUGUGAAUAUUAUUUUGAGGACACAUAAAAUGUUAGAAGAAUGGGGGAGUGGCACACUAAUACCCCUGUUUAAAAACAAAGGCGAUACGUAGGUAUGCGGGAAUUAUAGAGGUAUCAAACUUCUAAGCCACACAAUGAAAUUGUGGGAAAGAGUGAUAGAGAGGAGAAUUAGACAGGAAACGGUGAUUAGAGAGACCAAUUCAGUUUUAUGCCACGAAGGUCAACCAUUGAGGCAAUUCAUGUUUUGAGGAGACUGAUGGAGAAAUAUAGAGAGCGAAAGAAGGAUCUAUAUAUGGUGUUCAUUGACUUGGAGAAAGUGUAUGAUAGCAUACCACGACGUGUCUUCUGGGAUAGCCUCAAGGCUAGAGGUAUCUCUUCAGUGUACAUUGAGGCUAUACAGGAUAUAUAUAUAACAGAGUUUCGACUAACAUUCAGACUCCGGUAGGGAUAACAGAGCCUUUUCCGAUUAUAGUUGGACUACAUCAGGGAUCGGCUCUAAGCCCUUUCAUUUUUACUGUUAUUAUGUCAGAGAUUUCUAAAUCUAUUUGGGAGACGAUACCGUGGUGCAUGCUAUUCAUUGACGACAUAGUGCUGGUAACAGAAACUAGAGGGGAGGUUAGUAAUAAAUUGGAUGAGUGGAGGGAAGCUUAGAAGGUAAAGGGUUGCACAUUAGUCGUACGAAGACUGAGUAUUUGCGCUGUGACUUUAGUAGGACAUCAACGUUAGGUGAACCGGAGGUGUCCAUUGAUGAAGCAAUUGUUAAAAGUACGACCAAGUACAAGUAUUUGGGAUCGAUCAUUCAAAAUGAUGAGGAGAUUGACGGAGAUUUAAAUCAUCGUAUACUUGCGGGUUGGCUCUAGUGGCGAGCAGCCACUGCAUUGCUAUGUGAUAGGAAAUUCCCAAGCAAGUUAAAAGGAAAAUUCUACCGGGCGGCAAUCAAACCUGCUUUGUUAUAUGGGACCGAAUGUUGGCCUAUAAAGAAGAUUUUUGAACAUAAGAUGAAAGUUACAGAAAUGCAUAUGCUGAAGUAGAUAUGUGGGCACACAUUGAUAGAUCGAAUUAGGAACCAAGAGUUUAGGGACAAACUAGGGUAGCCGCUAUUUUUGGAAAAAUGCGCAAAAAUAGAUUGAGGUGGUUUGGACAUGUGCAGAGAAAGACUUUUGACUCCCCUGUGAGGAGGGUAGAAAGCAUUAUAGUAGAAGGUAAGAGGAGUCGAGAAAGACCUAAGAGAAUUUGGGAUGAGCAAAUAAGAAUUGACUUGCAUGAGUUAAACGUCUAUGAAGGCCUGACUAAGGAUAGGGGUAGUUGGAGGCGCCAUAUCCAUAUUUUAGACUACUGAUGUCCUCUUAAAUUACCUUUUGGUGUUCUUACCCUCUUGCUUAUCUCGUUUCUGUUAUUAUUAGUUUUUGUUUUCUUUUAUUUUGCAGUUGGUUCUAUUUAUUUAUUUUAUUUACAAGAAUUUAAGUUAUCUUUCCCGUGUAGUUAUAGCUCUUUAUCGUCUCAAGCCGGGGGACUUCUUUGGCCGCGCUCUUCUUUAUGAGUAUGAGUUGUUGUCAUUCUUCCCUCUCCAAACCUUGUCUAUUGUUUAUUUAUAAGCGGGAUAUACUAGAUAAAAUCAUGAUGAUGAUGAGUACUUUGCUCGUAGGUCAUAUUUAGAGACCCUAAUACAAAUUAUUCUUAUUUUUGCACGAAAUUAAAGAAAAAUAAAACUAAAAAUCUAAGAAUAAAAAAACACAAAUUCACGGAACAAUUUUUUAGAAAUGAUUAGAAUAUUUAAUUUAGAGCACCAUGAGAAUUGUGAGAUUUGUCGGACUGGGCCGAGUUGAAUAAGCCCGACUUAUUUAAUCUUAUUUUAAAAUUUUUUGCAAGGCCUGUUCUAAUCUUACCCGAUUGACCAGAUGCACAGGUCUAAAUUCAAGAGUUUACUUAAGCGGUAGCCGACUUUCAAGUUGAGCUAUUAGCAAAUAGGAGUACUAUAUUUAAUACUUCAAAUCAACUUGACAAUUUGUAUGUCAAGUGUCAAUUCUAAGAACGUGGUUAGGCACUAAUUCAAAAAGACCACGUCUAACUGAUUAUAAAAUAGUAUAUUAAGAGUUAUUUUUUCGAUAGCGUCUUUUGAUCAGAAAACUUCAAAUAAGAAGUUCCUCUUCUCAUAAUAUAUAUUAGAUGAUUAACUAAUCGAAAUAUAAAACAGGGUCUUUUGGUUAGGCACUAAUUCAAAAAGACCAUGUCUAACUGUUUUUUCUUGAGUAUAAAUUAAUCCAAUUGAGACCGUUUCAUGGUAAGAUAAUUUAAAAAUGAAUCAGUGAAAUUUGUUUCUAACAGGGUCUCAGUUAUGUGCAUGAACAUAAUCCCUUUCCACUUGAUUGAAGUGACCGGUCAUAAGUUAUUAGUAGCAUUAUAGAAGUACUUAUAUACUGACCGGUCACUAUAUAACUACCUCUAUAACUAAAAUAAUAAUAUGUCUAUUCUCUUAAAUUUGUUACUUCCUCCGUUCCAUAAUACUCGCUAUAUUUUUUAUUUUUGGUAAUUUUAUAUAACUUGCUACAUUUCUGUUUUUAGUAAUAAAACAAUCAUUUAAAAUUCUA